AGGGAUGGCUGCCACGCUACAACGACGGGACUCAGCCCUAGCGCAUAACAAGGCUUUUAAAAGGGCGAGAUGAGAAGGGUACGGGAAAGACGGCGGGUGAAUUGAGGACCUAGCUGAGCAAGCGGGGUCGGUUAGGCGUGGUGUGGUAUGGAUGGUGUACGUCACUAGUACUGGCCGGCCGCCUGAGGUCUGAGGUGGAGACAGUGAAUUUCGGGGCGCGCGCGUAUCGAGCGUACCUAUCGAUAAGGACCUUAUCGGGAAAUUCGAGAAUAAUUUUCUUUGGAGGCGCGUAGACACGUGCUUACGGUCCUCUCACGCUUCGGAGGAACGCAUCGCGCCUUUGGCCAAUCGCAGGCUGAAUUAUAUUGGUUCACACAUAUCGAUAGCUUAAUUGAGUAGUACAUUGGUGCACAUAUCGAUAGCUUAACGGAGUACUGAGUAUGGAGUCUCAUACUCACUUCGUCGUCACCGCAUGGCGCAACAGGCUAGAGCUGCUGCAGUUGCGGCAGGACUUGUACAGUCCCGAGACAAGUAAACGGGAGAGCGCGGCGAACAAGGUGUUUGCAUGGCGGCUACGCAAACCAGAUGGCCUGCCGCUGCUGCUCGAGUCCACGGCCGAUAUUGUCGAUGUUCUUCUUCAAGAUGAGAGGGCAGAGUUGAAGCAUAAUGCUUUGCGGUUGCUGUAUGCUACUGCCAUCUCAAGAUUUGUCACCGGGCUAGCAGACACCCAAAUCGAACUGACCCGCGACCGCCCCGCGUGGUUCCCACCCGGAAAGUCCCUCCAACUCCCCCUCGGCCUUCUGGAAACACGGCAUCGCAUCGUCCAUCGUCACAUGCCCUCGCUCGCCGAGCUAAAACGCGCAGCCAAAGACAGCCUAGAGUGGCUGUGGGAAUGGUACUGGAGCCAGCUCGACCAUGCCUUCUCUCUUGCUAAAGCGGACGCCGACGAAGCAGAGCCUCAAGAGCUAGUCAAGGAAAAACUCAACACCAUAUUAAAAACCUAUGUGAAAGAGCGGAAGAACGAAAUCAAAACCCGAAAGAAGGAUGCAAACGCAGCAUCUAACGCUUUAUCGACGUAUAACCUCCGCUUCGCACCAAGCAGCACAUCCACCCCGUCGACUCAGACACAACGCCUCUUACUGCACCUGCUAGUAGAAGACAAAAUGAUGCUCCCUACAGACAAGAAGCUCGGGUCCAGCAUGUCCGGCGCAUUCCUCAUCUGGUCGCCCUUCCUCCUCACGUUCUGCGCCUCAGCCAACCUACCCCUGCCCACGCUCCUCGACCACCUAAUGAGCGCAAUGAACGCCCCCUCCGCCGCACGCAAUACAGUGCAUCCGGACCUCGAUCCCGUGAGAGAAGGGCUCUCCGCGUGGACCGUGCAGAUCCUCACUUCACCUGACUGGGCAUCUCGCCGUAGCGGCAGCGGCCUCGAAGACACGCUCACGCACCUUUUUUCAGCGCCAACGUACUGGAACGUCAGGACUGCGGAGAAAUUGCUGGAAAGCGGGCAUGUCCCGCAUGCGCAGCAGUGGCGCGCUAUCUUGCACGCUGCUGCGAAUGAGGGCGGGGACGAGAUGGAUGUUGAUGGCAAGGUGGUGGUAAGUGGAGAGGACUUGGCGGUGAAGAAUGUGGGGAUAGAAGGAGUAGGAGCGGCCCCUAGAGAAAAGAUCAAGGGACCGAGGAAAGCGCUGGGUAUGUGGAGGCCGAGACCGAUUGGGUGGGUGCCGGAGGGGUGGGAAGAGGAUGAAUAAUGGCUCUCAGCUUAGAGGAGAAUUAUAUCAGGGACUUAAAUUGCGGUGCUUUAUCCUUUCGCUACGGAUUCAUCUGUUGUGAAUGCCAUGUUAUACACGUUUGCAGUUUCUCCCAAUCAUCUUAUCUCUACUCGAGGGACAUGAGGUGCGCGCUGCACUGGUGGUAGUAAGUUUUCCCGUCAUUCCAGCUUAUUAUCACGAGACAUAUCGCGAGUAAACUUCUACGCAGUUGAUUACAUAUGUUAUUCAAAUCAUUUGCGUGCUGUAGGUAGUGAAGCGUCCUGAAGCCGAGAACCAAGUUCCUACACUAAUCAUACAGUACAGCGUUCUGACGGACUAGCCUUAUGAGACC